AUGGACGAUUUCAACAAGAUACGGACCAUUUGUUUCCUAAGGAAUACAUUAUGGUGCGAUCCUGACUUCCCUGCAGAAAUAAUGUCACUAUUUUAUCAUCAAGUUCCCAAUGUCCAAUUCGAGUGGAAGAGGCCGGCUGAAAUCCAUGAAAGUCCGGUUUUUAUCGAUGACACCAUACAAGGUUUUGAUCUCGAUAAUGGCCCACUCGGAGAUUCGUGGCUAAUGGGCUGUAUGGAGGUCCUCCACAAGUUUAGAGGAAUUUUUAAACAUGUUGUUCCGGUAGAACAAGACUUCCAUUCUAAUUAUGCCGGGAUUUUCAGAUUUCGUAUAUGGUGGAACGGAAAAUGGGAAGUAGUAAUCAUUGAUGAUCGAUUACCAACUCUGAAUGGCGAGCUGGUUUUCAUACACAACACUCACGGCAUGCAGUUUUGGGCAGCUCUAUUGGAAAAAGCUUAUGCAAAAUUGCACGGUUCCUAUGAAGCUCUUAAAUAUGGCAAUGCAGAGGACGGUCUCAUGGACCUCACUGGGGGCAUAGUUGAAAGUAGUUCAUUGCCUCUUCUAAAUCAGGUGCAAAUAUUACAUCACCGCUUACAAUCAGUUUCAACUAUCGCUCUUGCAUUUGCUCCGUCAGGACCUGGACCAUUCGAAUCAAUUACGAAUUCUAAACUAUUUCUCAUAUACGAAAUAGAUAAAGUUAAUACCUCAGAUGGUUUUAUCUAUAUAGUCCGUAUAGUAGUACCCCUCUUACCACCUGGUGACCAAGAGCUUAAUCGAUUCUUCGAACUUAAUUAUAAUGCCAUAUGGGAUUCCUUAUCGGCAUUUAAAAAGAAUGAAAUAUUGUCAACUGAACAUGGAAUCUGGGUACCAUUUAGCGAGCUUGAAAAAAUUAUCAGUUGUAUGCGAUUAUUACACUUCGAUGUAGAAUCUUGUCAACUAGAACCCACUUUUACGUACAAAACCCGAUGGUUUUCACAAAACCGCCAAGGAAGCUGGGUAAAGGGAGUGACAGCUGGAGGUUGCAAGAACAACACUGAGUCAUUCCACUUAAACCCACAAUUUCAAGUUUUGAUAGAUAGUCGGACUCCAAUUAUUAUAUCACUUCAGCAAAGCAAUUCAUUGGAAUCGCAAGUCAUUGGCUUUACUGUUCUUAUGUUAAAACACAUCUUAAAUGAAAAAGCUUCAGCCAGCUUAUUAACCAACACUGACGGUUUACUAAAUGCUCACUAUUCAAAUGCUCGCCACGUUAGUGCUAUAGCUCUCAUUGAACCUGGCAUAUAUCUGAUUAUACCAACGACGUAUGAACCUCGUAAAGAAUGCAGUUUUACACUUAGAAUAUUCACAUUGAAACCAAUUAUAUUAUCAAAUGAAUUGGACAUCUGCACACGUCUUCUUAAUCAAAUUAUGUUUAAAGCCGAUUCUAUAUUAAAUAAUAGUAAUAUAUUACAACCAUACAACAUAUUAUUUCUUCAAUUAGCAGAUGAACAUAAAACUGUAGAUGCCUUUGGUCUUCAAGAUGUCUUAGAAAAAUCAUUGCCAAAUGACUACUUACAAAGUUGUGCCACAAUAGAAACUUGUAGGCAAAUAAUAUUAGGUAUGGAAAUGCCAGACAAGAAAGACCUUACAGGUCGUAUUCACUUAAAAAGCUAUAAAAAUUUAUUGAUCAGCCUUUGGCACUGGGAAGAAAUAUUUAGAGUGUAUACCACUAAAACAAGGGGAGUGCUUGUGGUGGAAAGGCUUUAUGCUGCUUUAUCCAAAGUCGGCUUUAUGCUCAGUAAAAAAUUAAUGGCAAUAUUAGUGUUCAAAUACAUGAGGAGGGAUGGUACACUCCGAUUUGGCGACUUUGUCUCUGCUAUAUUUUAUUUAAAAAGAGAGUUUGGCAAGUGCAAUAGUGCUCCGAGCUUGCCAUGA